AUAGUUAAAUUAUCUUUUUUGUCUUUAAUUAAGCCCUGGGUUCCUUUGUACUGGGUGUAUAAAUCAAGGUGUGUGCCUGAAAUAGGGGAGGAGUGUAGCGCUAAAGUAACUGUGGUGUCGAUGUCUCACACGUCUCUCCCACCCAGAAUGUCGAUUUCCCAUUUGUGGGGAAACAGUUCAACUUACUCUCGAGACCUGAAAAUGAGCUUGCCAAUGACGACAUCAUCACCUUCUGGUUCAUUUCAUGAAAAUAUCGUAAGCGACGAGCAGUGGUUAAUUUUCCAAGUGGUCAACAUUGUGGUCAUCUGUGGUCUCGUCAGUCUGUUCGGCGUGGCCUCCAACAUCAUCAACAUUGUGGUAUUUGCCAAGCAAGGCUUUCAGGACAGUAUGAACAUCAGCCUCAUGGGGCUCGCUGUGUCUGACCUGUGCUCCCUGUUGCCCAUGAUAUGGCUAAGCAUCUGCCUGAACCCACUCUUCUACAACUCUGAGUUGCCCUUUGACCCUAUGGAUCUCAUAAGCCUCACGGGGGGCAUGCCCCAUAUCACCUUUGUCAAAAUCGCUACUAUUAUCACCGCCUUCAUCACUUUCGAACGAUGUCUAUGUAUCGCUAUCCCUCUGAAGGUGAAGACGAUCAUCACACCGGGAAGGACAAAGAUAAUUAUUAUCUCCAUCUACAUUGCCAUGUUUGCUAUGGUAGUCCCCUUCUGCUUUGGAAACGGAAUUGAGUCGAUUUUCGAUUACACCACGAAUGCUACUGUGCUAAAAGCCACGUUCACAGCCGAGAGAGAAGAGUUGGAAGCCAUUACGUUUCUCUUCCAAGGCAUUGUUGCUACGACGUUUUCUUUCGUCUUCGUCGUCUGCUGUACCAUCGUUCUUGUCGUCAAACUCAACAGUAAAACAAAAUGGCGGCAGGCCACUGCAGCCAAGUCUGAUCGUGCAGCGGGAGGUGUUGGGGUCAAAGAUCAAAAGGUUGUGAAAAUGGUGACCUUGAUCGCUGUCAUUUUCAUCGUGUGCUCCUUACCUUCAACGUUUUUGUUUCUUUACAUGGUGAUCGACCCAAGUUUCCGUGUUGAUGGUGUCUAUCCAAAUAUGUUUCUUGUCGUUUGGUCUUUAUCAUCCCUAACCGAAGCUAUCAACUCUAGUGUGAAUAUAUUUGUGUACCUGAAAAUGAGUUCGAAAUAUCAAGCAGUGUUUAUGAAAACAUUUUGGAACAAGAAGGAAAAAUAACUUUUUGGAUACACGCUCACAAAAUACAAAUCACACACACACACACAUACACACUUACACACACACUCUCUCACACACACACACACACACACACACACACACACACACACACACACACACACGCACACACACACACAAAACACUCGGGAGCGGGCUCACCCGCACGUGCAUAUUCUCUCAAACAUUCUCUCUUCUAAAUACAUAUUUA